GUUCUAAAGAAAAGAUUCACAGCAGCUGUACUCUGUUUCGAAGGGAAAAAAACACUUUAUUGAUAUUAUAAAAAUCUAAAAGAAACCGAAGAAAAGGAAAAUCUGCGCAUAGAUGAAGGCAAUCUAAUCGGGCCUGCGGGACACCACGGGGACACAAAAAUGCGCCAGAGCAGUCGCAACGAUGUACCCUGAGCAAGAAACAAUUCUGAUACUAAGUGGCAUUAAGUUGCGGGGGCACCACGGACACUCCGGGAAGCGGCUGGCCCGCGGUGACAGGUCUCGGGACGCGCCAGAAACUGUCGCACUGGCCUCUGGGCCAAGCUCGGCCCUGCAAGAAAGUCCUGAUUUGAGCUGCUACCCUCCCAGUCUGAGGGGUGGGAAAUGGCAUCCGGUCAGGAAUGGAACCAGAGGGGAGAGGCCCCCGACGACUCCCCAGGCCGUCCAGCCGCGCCGGGCUGCGCUCCGGCCUCGGUCCCCCCCCGCGCCCCGCCCGCCCGGGCGGCUCCACCCAGGCCCCGCCCCGUGACGCGAGGCCCCGCCCCGUGACGCGAGGCCCCGCCCCGUGACGCGAGGCCCCGCCCAGCGGCGCCCGCUUCCAAGAUGGCGGUGACGAUGCCUGCCAGGCUGUCGGGGUGGCGGUGACGACGGGAAGCAGAAGAGCAGGCCACUUUCCCUCACUUCUACUGCUGGGAAACCAGUUCCACCCUGAUCUUGAUCUCUGCCCCUCUGGGUGAGUGGUUAUCCUUGACCACUUCUGUUCCAGCUGGUCCCAGGAUCGCUGUUGGAGUGCUGGAUGGAGCCUUUCUCUGUCCUCUGUGACAUUUCCAAUUUUAGAUAAUGCCUCACAUCUCUGCCCCCCCGGGACCCCCUGAAGUCCCCAUGAUCCCGAAGAAGACAGCUUGAACCUAGACCUGAGCCCAGGAUGUUGCGGAGGCUGCUGGAGCGGCCCUGCACACUGGCCCUGCUUGUGGGCUCCCAGCUGGCUGUCAUGAUGUACCUGUCACUGGGGGGCUUCCGAAGCCUCAGUGCCCUAUUUGGCCGAGAGCAGGGGCCGACAUUUGACUAUUCUCAUCCCCAUGAUGUCUACAGUAACCUCAGUCACCUACCUGGCGCCCCUGUUGCCCCAGGGGGCCCUCCAGCUCCUCAAGGUCUGCCCUACUGUCCAGAACGGUCUCCUCUUUUAGUGGGUCCCGUGUCCGUGUCCUUUAGCCCAGUGCCGUCACUGGCAGAGAUUGUGGAGAGGAAUCCCCGGGUGGAACCGGGGGGCCGGUACCGCCCCGCCGGGUGUGAGCCCCGCUCCCGCACAGCCGUCAUUGUGCCCCACCGGGCCCGGGAGCACCACCUUCGCCUGCUGCUCUACCACCUGCACCCCUUCCUGCAGCGUCAGCAGCUUGCGUACGGCAUCUAUGUCAUCCACCAGGCUGGAAAUGGAACAUUUAACAGGGCCAAGCUGUUAAACGUUGGGGUGCGGGAGGCCCUGCGUGACGAGGAGUGGGACUGCCUCUUCUUGCACGACGUGGACCUUCUGCCUGAGAACGACCACAAUUUGUAUGUGUGUGACCCCCGGGGACCCCGGCAUGUUGCUGUUGCCAUGAACAAGUUCGGAUACAGCCUCCCGUACCCCCAGUACUUUGGAGGAGUCUCGGCGCUCACUCCUGACCAGUACCUGAAGAUGAAUGGCUUCCCCAAUGAAUACUGGGGCUGGGGUGGUGAGGAUGACGACAUUGCUACCAGGGUGCGUCUGGCUGGGAUGAAGAUCUCUCGCCCCCCCACAUCGGUGGGGCACUACAAGAUGGUGAAGCAUCGAGGCGAUAAGGGUAACGAGGAAAACCCCCACAGAUUUGACCUCCUGGUCCGUACUCAGAAUUCCUGGACGCAAGAUGGGAUGAACUCACUGACAUACCGAUUGCUGGCUCGAGAGCUGGGCCCUCUCUAUACCAACAUCACAGCAGACAUUGGAACUGACCCUCGGGGUCCCCGGAGUCCCUCUGGUCCCCGUUACCCACCUGGUUCCUCCCAGGCCUUCCGUCAAGAGAUGCUGCAGCGCCGGCCCCCAGCCAGGCCUGGCCCUCUGCCUACUGCCAACCACACAGCCCCCCGUGGUUCACACUGACUCCUCCUUCCUGCCCUCCUCAAUCAUGAAACUGAAUCAGAGGGGUUGUACUCUCCCCACCCUCAGCUCCUCACUGGUCUUAGAGGGAUGUGGGGGGACUGAACUCCAGGCUGUGCUGGAGGCAAGGGCCUCUCCUCACUGCUGGACUGGAGCUGGGCUCCUUCAGUCCUGGGGGUCCCUCUUUCUAGGGUCACCUGCUAGGGCUUAUGACUGUGAAUCCUUGAUGUCAUGAUUUUAUGUGAUGACUCCUCAGAGUCCCUGGCCCCUGGGGUAAGAGCAGGGCUGGACCCCAAGUCCCUUCCUCUUCCGUGGAGAGAAGAGUGAUCUGGCUUUUCCUGGGACCUCUGUGAAUAUUUAUUCUAUUUAUGGUUCCGAGGAAGUACGUUUGGUGAAGGAAGCCCCUCCCUGGGUACUUUCUGCCAGUGCUAGAGUCACUUCCUCUUCUGGACCUGGCUCAGGGGGCUGGGAUUUUGAUAUAUUUUCUAAUAAAGGACUUUGUCUUGCCUCUG